AUGCGCAUUGGGGCUCCGUGCGGAGAUGGAGACGCUGAUCGUGGUGGUGUUGGCCGCGCUGUGGAUGUGGCACUGCAACAGAACCGCGGGCGCAGACUCCAUCAUCCACAUCGACGGAGGGCAGGAAGUGAACUGACUGGAGGAAAUACCCUGGUUCUUCAUCUAGAUGUCACAGGAGCCAUCUUCGAGGAAAACGCCGUGAGGGACGAUGAGGUUUUCCAGUUGGCCGUGUCCGACCUGAGUUUGAGCGACGACAUUCUCCACAGCGAGAAGAUCACACACUCCAUCAAACUCAUCGAAGCCAACAACCCCUUCCAGGCCGUGCAAGAAGAUAUCCGUGGUCUGCAGAGUUUCCUGGACCAGACGUCGAGGCAGGGAGUGGACGUGGCUCUUCAGCGCGUCGAGAGGAACAUCUCCAAAGUUUUCACCAACCUGUUCACCACCAUGAAAACCGAAGAACUGAACCGAUACAGAGACACGCUGAGGAGAGCGAUUCUCCUGCUGAGCCCCACCACCGCCCACUCCUUCAUCCUGCAGGCAGUGGAAACGAACCUGGCGUCAAAAGACUCACACUGGGUCUUUGUCAACGAGGAGGUGAGCGACGGGGAGGUUCUGGAGCUCGCUCACUCGGCUCUGGGCAGAGUCACCAUCAUCAGGCAGAUCUUCCCCCUGAGGGACCCACACAGUCCCCAGAAAGACCCUCACAACCGCUGUGUGCGACAGGACCACCGCAUCUCCUCCCUGCUCUGCGACCCGCAGGAGGGCUACCUCCAGAACCUGCAGGUGUCGACCCUGUACCUGUACGACUCGGUCUUGAUGUUGGCGAACGCGUUUUAUCGUAAACUGGAGGACAGGAAGUGGCACAGCAUGGCGAGUCUCAACUGCAUCAAGAAGUCGACCAAACCCUGGAACGGAGGCUGGUCCAUGCUCCAGACCAUCCAGAAGGGGAACAUCUCGGGUUUGACGGGGAUCAUGGAUUUUAACGACAGCGGCUCAAACUCUCACGUUCACUUCGAGAUCCUCGGCUCCAGCUUCAGCGAGACCUUCGGCAAAGACAUCAAGAGGUUGGCGCUCUGGGACUCGGUGACUGGGUUGAACGGGAGUCUGAAGGAGAGUCGGAUCGAGAACGGGAUGCAGGGAGUCACGGUGAAGGUCGUCACUCUGCUGGAGGACCCGUUUGUGAUGGUGGCGGAGAACAUCCUGGGGCAGCCCAAACGCUACAAAGGAUUCUCCAUCGAUGUUCUGGACGCUCUGGCCAAAAGUCUGGGCUUCAAAUACGACAUUUACCAGGUGGGGGACAGUAAGUACGGCUCUCAGCUCCCAAACGGCUCGUGGAACGGGAUGAUCGGAGACCUCAUCAACAAGAAAGCAGACGUGGCGGUGUCGGCUCUGACCAUCACUCCGGAGCGGGAGAGUGUGGUGGACUUUUCCAAGCGUUACCUGGACUACAGCGUGGGGAUUUUGCUGCGGAAGCCCGUGGAGAGGCUGGACAUGUUCUCUCUGCUGGCGCCGUUCGAGCCGUCGGUCUGGGCCUGCGUCGCCGCCUCCAUCCCCGUCGUCGGCGUCCUCAUCUUCCUCCUCAACAGACUGCACGCGCUCAGAAACUCCAACUCCCAGAACGCACCGGGGCAGAGCGCCGCCGGCAGCCUCCACAGCGCCAUCUGGAUCGUCUACGGAGCCUUUCUGCAGCAAGGAGGGGACGGGGUGAUCGGCUCUGUGGCUCUCAGAAUCGUCAUGGGGAGUUGGUGGCUCUUCACUCUGAUCGUCUGCUCCUCGUACACGGCAAAUCUGGCGGCGUAUCUCACCGUGUCACGUAUGGAUCAUCACAUACGAAAAUCCCGACCUAAGGUCAAUCGCCAAAUCUUAGAGGCUGAGAACCACUUUCUCAGGUUCUUGCACGAGAACUUAGAAAGUGAGAACCAGCAACAGCACGAGACGAUCCAAAACUUAAAGAAUCAGAACCAGCAACAAAAUGAGAGGAUCAAAAGAUGA